GGUCACGAUAAACGAUGGCGAAUGCCAAACUAAAUAAUAUAACUUCCGGGUCCGGUGAGAGACAGAGCUGUUUACACAAUACUUCCAAAUAACUACGCUCAAGUUAUUCCUACCCUCUUUCACUUUCUGGAGUAAACAAUGAUGUUCUACGCAGACUAUCGAAUAGUCUUCUAGUAUGAUAGUGACAACAGAAAUACCAGGAUGAGGUGGAAUUCCUUAUCUGUUUGACAAUGGAUUAUGCACCCCCACUUCCCAGAGAAAGAUACAAGCAUCUAAGAGACCCAGAGCUACGCAGAAAGAGUUACAAAAAAUGGCCCUCCGGUACCAGUGACACUCUUUUUAGGGAACUCAUUGAUGAAGGGUUUUUCAGUAUUGAUGAAGAAAAACGGAAAGUUCAAUGCGUCUACUGUGGUGGUGUGCUCGUUGGCAUUGAAGAGGGACAGAAUGUUCAUAUAACUCAUUAUCGACAUUUUCCAACAUGUGAUAGAUUCAAGUGGCGUGAAGCUGAUUUUGAAUCACUGUUUGGCCCCAUUCAUGGCAUUGUUAGUGGGGUUCAUAACUUGUCUAUGGCAGGCUCGGCAACAGCUAACGGUGUAUCCUUAGAUUCUACAGAUGAGGGAUAUCAGAGCAUACAAAAAGAUCUGGAAGUUGAUGGUUUCAAUUCCAAUUCCUAUUUAGAUGGAAGACAGAGAGACUCCUCCAAUCCAUUUUACACAAUAGGAGAAGAAAAGUACCCACGCCACACCUAUUAUGCAUUAUUUAUAGAUCGAAUGAAGACAUUUAAAAAAUGGCCUGAGGAUUCAUGUCAAACUCCCAAAGCACUUGCAGGAGCAGGACUUUUUUAUACAGGUGUGGAGGAUGUUUGUGAAUGCUAUUGUUGUGGGGGUCAGCUUGAAGGCUGGGAGCCUGGUGACAUUCCGCAGACGGAACACGAUACAUGGUUUGGUGAUAAAUGUCCGUUGACGUUGGCAAUGAAGGGAAAACUGCCCACAACCUGAGGAGACAAGG